AUGAUAAUGAUAUGUACAGCGUCCGUCAGGAAUCAGAAGGUUCUGUUGCAGUUUACACAUAGAGUGUAUAAACAGAUUUGGACUUGCACACAAUUUUGCCGCUUGCCGGAAAAUUUAUCAUGCACAUCUUCUCAGUUGUGUCUGCUGCUGAGAAAUCAUGUUCACCAAAAGCACUAUCAAGAUUCAGGGAGUCCAAAUUAUAACAAAUAUAAUGCAGUUGGCUUGAAAAGUUACCACCAGAAACAGAAUGACAGACGUUGGCCAUGGAUUGAAAAGAUGCACAGGCAGCUUAUGAAAUCAGUGGUUCUACCACCUGAUAAGCAAGCCUUGAAACAAAAGCUUGAUAACAGUCACAGUACUGGUGAUCUGAUGUCAAUGGUCUGGAGUAUACAUAAAAUUGACAAGGAGUCAAUGAAUUUUUUGGCUGUUUUAUGGCAACGAUUUGACCUGAUGACCUUGGAGGAAAUUCUGACUGUUGCAGAUGUGUUCUAUCUACAGAACGUCCAUGUUCCUUCAUAUGCAAGCGCCAUGAUAACUUUUGCUGAUGAACAGUUUGAGUCACUGGUGAUCACACCACUACAGCUAACACGUCUGAUGUUUCAUAUCAACAAUCAUGGGUCGGCUCCACAAUCAUUAUUUCAUUCCAUUGAAAAGACAAUGAGUGACAAUCUUUCAGACUUUGAUGUGAAUCUUGUAGCAGCCAUUUGUAUGCUGUUAUUCACAUGCCAGAGUAGGAUAAAAUCACCUAUUCUUGUGGAUAAAAUUGCCAAGAAAUUACUCGAGAACUUUAGAUCACUUCAAGAACCAAGUUAUCUCCAUAUGUUGAUGAAAAUGUUUAGAUAUUCAAAUUAUAUCAACGUUAGUUUCUACAAAAAGCUUGGUGAUAUUCUUGUCAAUUCCAACUUUCUGAACAGAUGUAAGUCACAAACCCAUAUUAUGCAUAUUGCUUUUGCAUACGCAUGUGUCAGCGUUACCCACCCGCAGCUGUUCCACCACAUCCUCAUGGCUUGUCAGAAAACGUUCGACCACAGUAGGUCCAAAGACAUCGCUAAAACAAUAUGGGCUUGUGGAAAUUUGGUCACCAACCAAAAAGAGAACAUUGCUUGCAUUCAUGACAUAGUGUUGCAGCUGAGGAAAGACAUCAGUGUGAGGACUGUCAGAGACUAUCCAGAAAGUUUGAUUGAAUUGCUGAUGGGUCUUGCCAUGUUGAAUAUAUAUCCCUAUGACCUGUUCAACGUUGCUUUUGAUCCUGUUAUUCUUAAAAUCCUUUAUGGUUUGCCACCAGACCGAGAAAAGUUUAUCCAGCUGAUGUUUUUGGAUAAUAGCUUGUCAAUAGAGUGCCCUGACUAUUCUGGUUGCCGUUUGACUGAGGCUGAUCGAGCAGUUGUAGCCCAGAAGGUGGCAGCUAAAUGUGUUGACAUGGACAUCCAGUUGAGGAAGUCAGUUAAGCCAGCUGUUGCAGCCUUGACCAGUGUCUUAAAUGCAGAUCUUGUUGAAUGCAUGUUUGUGCUUCCACAUUGUCAGACUACAGACAUUUUACUUGCAUAUGAUAUGAGCAAGCAGCAGUUUGUGAAGCCAGUCACCAAGCCUUUGGGAUCAAAAACCAUUGGAACAGAUCAUGACAAAUCUGUACAACAAUUAGUCUUGGUACUAAUGAGCAGAACCCAAACCAGUUAUGAUGGACAGCCACUGGGAUUGUUGCAUUGCAAGAUCAGGCAGCUAAAAGCUCUGGGAUAUUUGGUAGUCACA